AAAAAGGGGGUUAGAUAGAAAGACAACCCUUCAUAUAAUUAAAAUGCAUAUAGAGGCUGGAAAGCAUAUAGAGAAUCACAAAUGUUGAUGUAACUGAGCAAUAUGACAGGGGCAGGAGUGCGCGUGCAGGUACACCAGCCGCGGCCCGGAUUCAAAGUGGAAACAGUCGGCUAGCUGGCUAAAGAACCGUUAGCGAGAGUGAGAGAUAAAGAGCUCACAUACACUAACGAGUUUUAGGACAUUCAUCGUUGUGAAAGUAUAUUCUUCUGCACGCUGGAAGGUAGAUGUCGAUAGAAACAUGGAUGGCGUGUUGAUUUGAAACGUCGCAGCGGGGCUAAAAACAGCAAACGCCACGUUGAUUUGCGGAGAAAGCCGUAUAACUGUUUAUUCGCAUUGAAUCACAGUACGCACGAAGCCAGUCAUGCCCGCUAGUGUGCGUACUGGGACCCUGAAGGACUCUGAGGUUGCUGAUCUCUUCUACAGAGAUGAUCCCGAGAAGCUCUUUACUGAUCUCCGAGAGAUCGGUCAUGGCAGCUUUGGAGCCGUGUACUUUGCUCAUGACGUGCGUUCCAACGAAGUGGUGGCCAUCAAAAAGAUGUCAUUCAGUGGCAAACAAUCCAAUGAGCGUAUGGUGUGUUCUCUGUCUUGGCAUGCAGAAAUGGCAGGACAUCAUUAAGGAGGUGAAGUUCUUACAGAAGCUCAGGCACCCCAAUACCAUUGAAUAUAAAGGGUGCUACCUCAGAGAGCACACAGCAUGGCUGGUGAUGGAAUACUGUUUAGGAUCAGCCUCUGAUCUUUUAGAGGUGCAUAAGAAGCCUCUGCAGGAGGUGGAAAUAGCUGCUAUUACCCAUGGUGCACUUCAGGGCCUCGCCUACCUUCACUCUCAUAAUAUGAUACACAGAGAUGUGAAGGCAGGUAAUAUUCUGCUAACUGAGCCUGGUCAGGUGAAGCUUGGAGAUUUCGGCUCUGCCUCAAUUGUUUCUCCUGCCAACUCUUUUGUGGGCACACCGUACUGGAUGGCCCCAGAAGUGAUCCUAGCCAUGGACGAGGGGCAAUACGAGGGAAAGGUGGACGUCUGGUCUCUGGGCAUCACCUGCAUAGAACUAGCUGAAAGGAAGCCUCCCUUGUUCAAUAUGAAUGCUAUGAGUGCCUUAUAUCACAUUGCGCAAAAUGAAAGCCCUGUCCUGGCAUCAAACCACUGGUCGGACUACUUCCGUAACUUUGUGGACUCUUGUCUUCAAAAGAUCCCUCAGGACAGGCCUACCUCAGAUGUGCUGCUCAAUCACCUUUUCCUGUGCCGAGAGCGCCCCCAUUCUGUAGUGAUGGAUCUGAUAACGCGCACCAAAGAUGCCGUGCGAGAGCUGGAUAACUUGCAGUACAGGAAGAUGAAGAAGAUCCUCUUUCAGGAAACACUCAAUGGCCCCACACAAGAGGGAGGAGAGGAGGAAGAGGAGGCAGAGCAGUACCUCUUGCAGACGGGCACAGUGAACAGUAUGGAGAGCUCUCACUCUGUGCCAUCCAUGUCUAUCAGCGCCAGCUCCCAGAGUUCCUCAGUCAACAGCCUGGCCGACGGGUCAGACGACAGUGCUGAGAUGGCCAUGAUGCAGGAGGGAGAACAGACAGUCACCUCCAACAGCUCCAUCAUACACCGCCCCACUGCUCGUGAUAACAUCUACGAUGAUCCAUAUCAGCCAGAGAUGGAGUCUCCACAGCAGCUGUCAUCUGCAGCUCGGAGGAGGGAGCAUCGGAACAGAGACCAUUUUGCCACCAUUCGCACAGCUUCUGUGGUGACCCGUCAGAUUCAGGAGCAUGAACAGGGCUCAGCUCUGAGGGAGCAGAUGUCCGGGUACAAGCGCAUGAGGAGGCAGCACCAGAAACAGCUGUUGGCUCUAGAGAACAAACUCAAGACAGAGAUGGAUGAACACCAGCUCAGACUAGACAAAGAGCUGGAGACCCAUAGAAACAACUUUGGCGGUGAAGCUGACAAGCUGAGUAAGAAACACCAGGCCAUUCUGGAAAAAGAGAUUAAAGCUGCUCUGGCGGAAGAGAAGAAGUUUCAGCAGCACAUACUGAACCAGCAGAAGAAAGAACUCAAUAGCUUGCUGGACUCCCAGAAACGCCAGUACAGACAACGCAAGGACCAGCUCAAAGAGGAGCUGAGUGAGAACCAGUCCACACCUAAGCGAGAGAAGCAGGAAUGGUUGGUGAGGCAGAAGGAAUGUAUGCAGCAGAUCCAGGCUGAGGAAGAGGCUUCAUUAUUACGGCGACAGAGGCAGUAUUACGAGCUGCAAUGCCGACAGUAUAAGAGGAAGAUGCUGCUAGCCAGGCACAAUCUGGAGCAGGACCUGCUUAGAGAGGAUCUGAAUAAGCGUCAGACCCAGAAGGAUCUAGAGUGUGCUAUGCUGUUGAGACACCAUGAGUCCACUCAGGAGCUGGAGUUCAGGCAGCUGGCAAUGGUCCAGCGCACUCGGGCCGAACUGAUCCGCACACAGCAUCAAAGCGAACUGGCCAAUCAGAUGGAGUACAAUAAGCGGCGUGAGCAGGAGCUUCUUCAGAAACAUGCCGUGGAGGUUCGCCAGCAACCCAAGUGCUUAAAAACGAAAGAGCUGCAGAUCAAGCGUCAGUUCCAAGACACCUGUAAGGUUCAGACACGGCAGUACAAAGCCUUGCGGAACCACCUGCUGGAGACCAUGCCAAAAUCCGAGCAUAAGACUGUCCUGAAGAGACUCAAAGAGGAGCAAACACGUAAAUUGGCCAUCCUGGCCGAGCAGUAUGACCAUUCCAUCAAAGACAUGCUGUCCACACAGGCUGUGAGUAAGUUGCGAUUGGAUGAGACGCAAGAGGAGGAGUACAGGGGGCUCUGCAUGCAGUUACAGCAGGAAUUGGAGCUGUUGAAUGCCUAUCAGAGCAAAAUAAAGAUGCAUACUGACACACAACACGAGAGAGAGGCCAAAGACCUGGAGCAGAGGGUGUCUAUACGGAGAGCUCUACUUGAACAGAGGAUUGAGGAGGAGAUGUUGUCUCUGCAGAACGAGCGUUCUGAGCGGAUCCGGGCACUGCUUGAGCAUCAGGCACGAGAAAUCGAGUCCUUUGACUCAGAGAGCAUGCGUCUGGGAUUCAGUAACAUGGCUUUGAGCGGGAUCCCUGCUGAAGCUUACAACCAGGGUUACCCCAACCCUCCCUCCUCAGGGCCCGGGGGCUGGCCGUCCCGUCCCGUACCUCGCUCAGGCAGCCAGUGGAGCCACGGAGUCCAAAACUCAGCGGCGCCACCCUCCUGGCGAAGUCAGAACAGUACAGCCGGAUUCAGCCGAGGGGAGCAGGUUUCCAGUCACGAGAGAGAUAGAGAGAGGGAUAUAGACGGGAUGGGUGCCCGCGGCCUUCCCAGCUCUCGCUGUUCUGCUUCACCUGCAUCAUCAUCGGCAUCCUCGCAUCAUCACCUCCGGUACCUGCAGCAACAGUACCACCACCAGAGCACGCCUCAUCUGUACCGUGACAGCCGAGAGAGGGAGUGGGGAAGUGGGGGAGGAGGAGGGAGUCACCAUUCAUCUUCAUCCUCUUCUCAUGGCCACUCGCAUUACAUUUCUUCCCAUGCCUCUGCCCAAUCCCUUGCCCUCCUCCCUCCACCACCACCUCCUCCACCCAUCUUGCUUUCCUCCUCCUCUCCUCCUUCAUCCUCCUCCUCUUCAUCCUCUCAGAGUGGCUAUGGAGGACGGGGAGAGGGCUUGGCUGUGAGGGGCCCCAGCUUGAUGGCCCUCAGGAACAGUCCAGGGCCCCUUCGGAGGACCGCCUCAGGCGGCGGGCCGGGUGGGGAUGGUGGUUUGAGUCGGAGUACAUCGGUUACAUCGCACAUCUCGAAUGGAUCCCACCUCUCCUACUCAUAGAGGGUCAAGCAGGAGGAUCAAAUGCUGCAGUUGAACUUAUGGGGGGAGGUAUUAGUGUAAAGUGUGGCUUUACCUUAAAGGGAUAGUUCACUCAAAAAUGAAAAUUCUCUAAUUUACUCCAAGCCUGUAUAACUGGCUUUCUUCCUCAAAAGGAAAAAGCUCAAAAUGAGUUGUUAGGCAGAAUGCUAGCCUAACUUUUAUUGCACUUUUUUUUUUUCAUACAAUGAAAGUGAAUGGUGACUAAUAUUAUAUCAAACAUUUUAUUUUGUGUUCCAUUGAAAGAAGGUUUGGAACAGCAUGAGAGUGAGUAGGUGGUGACAUAAUUUUCAUUUUUGGGUGAACUUUCCCUUUAAGAGUUCAGGAGAGGAGAAAUAGUUGUACUUCAGUACAUUGGUACAAGGGGAAAGGCCAUUUAUGUAGCUCAUUUAAGAGUUAAACAGGGAGUUGUUUUUAACUGUAUUUAGAUGGGAACACCUUUAAUUACAGGAUGAUUGAUCUCAGGGUUACCAAGUGAUAGGGAUUUAGAAGGUCUCAGGGUUUAGAUCUGCAACAGAAAAGAAAAGAGAGGAAUAUGUGAAUAGAUGUUCUGCACCAGGACUACAGAGGUUUACUGUUGAGUGUGUGGGAGGGAAAGGAUUUGAAUGACAUAAAUGGUGCCAAUACUGUAGAUUGGGCUCAUCAUCUGAGUUUGUUUUACUCUUAAACCGACAAACAAACAUAUUUGUGUUCUGCUAUUUCAAGUCCAACUUGCACACCUGACCUUUUAAGAUUUGAAUUUGAACACUCAUAAACAUUGUUUACAAAUAUGUUAUUAGGUAUAGUCCUGGAUCAUAUGAAGCUGAAAACAAUUCGAAUCAAGGCUGAUGUUAUUCUAAAAGGAAUAGUUCACCCCGAAAUGAGAAUUCUGUCAUUAUUCAGUCCCUCUCAUGUUGUUCUAAACCUGUAUGCUGUUAUUUUUUCCGUGGAACACUGAGAAGAAUCUACAUGCAUCUUUUUUCCAUACAUGGACAGUUCACAGUGACCACAUCUUUCAGUGUGCAGAUACACUAGCUUUGUGUGAGGAACAGACCAAAUUAGGCGAUAUGCGCAGACAAUGCGCUAGUUCAUUGCUGUUUUAGACAAUGCAUUAAUAUAGUGAUUAAUCUGAACAUGAUAACAAAUGAAAUUACACUGCUUGGGCGGAAUGGUAGAUUAUCAAUAAAUAAUGACUUUAAAUUUCGGUUGGUUCCUCACAUAAAACUUGGUAUGUGUUCAAAAGACUUUGCAUGUGGGCUGCUUGCAUAUGGACUACUUUUACGGUGUUUAUUUGGUCAAAUUUCAAGCUUGACACCCCAUGGUCACUAAGAACUGUCAUUGGGUUGAAAACAGCUGCGUGAAGGUUCUGGCAGAAAAAACAAAAAUGGGUCAGUUAAUAAUUAUAGAAGGUUUUUUUCUUUGUCAAAUUUGAAUCUGUCUGAUUUGCUUCAGUUGGAGUAUCUGUGAAUCUAGAGAUAAUGAAUCCUACUAACGUCAGUUUUACUCCUAAUGGGAGCAGAGAGAGCGAGUCGGAUGCAGUAGAAAGCUGCCGUAGCAUGUGCAGAAACUUGUUUCAGGGAGUUGAGACGUCAACUUAAGGAUCUGCAAAUGGCGAUUAAACUGAAUUAUUUGUAAUUAUGUAGAUAGCACCUAAACGAUACUAAACGAAUGUCUAUUAGUAAUGUUUUUUUAAACUGUACAUUUGUAUUUGAGUCAAGGACGUGAGGCAUGUUUGUAUUAUUUUGAAAUGAUUUUGUAUUCUUUUUUUAAAUGAUGCCAUAAAUGUCAUACUGCCAUCUAGAGGCUCUGCUUACCUAAAGCAAAUCCGCCCCCUGUCCUUAUUAGGGCAAGCUGCCUUUAAGUUGCUGUUAGUUUUAACUGGGUUAUAAUUCAGUAUCUGUUUUUAGCAUGGAUGUUAUAUGCGGUUGAAUCUGGCUUGGUGAAUAAGCCAUUCCUGACUCUCUAUAAAUGCAGACUGUGUAAAUAUGAUGUUCAUAAGAGAGUUGAGUUACAAUACCAUGCACGCGACUGAUGUACAGAGACUAUUUGUUUACAAACAUACACAACAGGCGUUUAUUAUGACUUGAGUACACGUGUAUCAUCACCUGUCAAAAGUUUAACAAACAGGUCAUAAGAUUGUUCCUUGGUCAAAACUUUUGGUCUGUAUUGUACUUAUACAAUGUGUGUGUACUGUAUAUACAAGCACUAACUCCUGUAUAGGGUAAUAAUUUUGCUAUGUGAAUUUGAAAGUGAGACAAAAAAUAGAUACUGUUGUUAUUAUUACACCUACUACUGCCGCUGUAAUAUUUGUGAUGUACACUAAUUUUGUCAUUGUUCUUUUUACUAGUUUUUUCCUUUUUUUCUUUUUUUUUUUUUUUUAAGACUUUUUAUAUUUUAUUUUAAAUCGAUGCUUACCACUAGGUGGGAGAUGUUGGCAGUGUCCCAGUGAAAUUUGUAAGUGUCGUUUUAAGAACAAAAAAAAAAAAAAAUACUAAAA